CAAGGGGGGGGGUGCCAACCCUUUCACUUGGUAAGUUUUACACGCAGUGUGUAAUACAUUUCAAUCACACUAUUACCAACAGUGACUUGUAAAAAGUAGUAAAUUACACUACAACUCAGCAUAUUGUUGAAAAUCGUGGCAAAGGCUCGCCACUUUUCUAAACCAAAGCUAGCUACUUAGCUACUCUUGUUUAGCAGCCUGUCCAGGCAGCAAUGCAACCCCCUCAAUGAAAUUUGAAAAAGUAAUGUCAUAGUUAUCAUGGUUUUGUAUCCUCUUUUAUCUUCAAUGUUUGCACAUGAGUGUGUAAGCCAAUCAACGCUGUGUGUUGCAUCGACAGGCGGAGAGAAAGAUGGGGUCAGAAGAGGUCAAAGGUCGAAGAGGACAGAUGAACAUGUCCUGUCUUGAUAUAUCGCGGCUUCACCAGCACACGGAAGCACCUCAACUCUGAAAUGAAAGCAGACAAGGUGAAAGGUUUCAGGGUGGACAAGAUCGUUGAUCGCCUUCAGCUGUUCAUCCAUAACUUUGACCUGAAUGGCCUGAAGGACUACUGGGGUUACCUGGACCAGAGACUGUUCUGUAGGCUAGAAGACAUCUUCAGACCAGAAGUCACCAAGCUACAGACCAGUCUCUUCAGAUACUAUUUUGUUUAUGGUGUACAGUUAAAGAACCAUGAGAAGACCCAGGAGUUGUCCCAGCGUCAGGCUCAGGAACUGCAGGGUCAGUCAGAGUGGCGUGAUUGGUUCAUCCUGCCGUUUAUCACCUGUCCCCGAGCAGGGGACAGGUUUAAAUGUUAACAAGCUACAAAGUAGCCUCUGGCAUACCUGGCAGUGGCUGUGCUACAGAAACACUGCUAACCAAACAACAGUGCUAGGUGGCUGUGCUACAGAAACACUGCUAACCAAACAACAGCGCUAGGUGGAAGUGCUACAGAUACACCGCUAACCAAACAACAGUGCUAGGUGGCAGUGCUACAGAAACACUGCUAACCAAACAACAGUGCUAGGUGGCAAUAAAGGUCAAUAAUGGUGCAG